AUGAAUUCAACUACUGUCAAAGAAGUUGAUACUUUUGAUUUUGUUGAAGAACCAUUUGAUAAUAAUUUUCAACGAGAAUUAGUAAAAAGUCGAUUUCGUUGGACAGAAGCUGAUGUUGAUGGUGAUAAUGAACUUGAUAUUGAUGAAUUUCUUGCUUUUCGUCAUCCAGAAAUAGCUGGUCAUUCAUAUAAACAUAUUGUUGAUGAUAUUAUCUUACAAAUGGAUCGUAAUGAUGAUCAAAAAUCGAAUGAAACUCAAUUUGCAUUUUUACCUUGUUAUGUAUUAGAAGACGGUGGCAAUAAAGAAUGGAUAGAAAUGGAUAAACGAUGGUUAGAAGAACAAAAAAGAGAAUUUCAUGAGAUGGAUGAGAAUAAUGAUGGAAUUUUAACAAAAGACGAAUUAUUAAAAGCAUAUGAUCCAAUGAAUCGUGUUCAUAUAAGUAAUCAAAUAAAAAAAAUAUUUGAAAAAGUUGAUGAUUCUCCAUCAGACUAUGUUUUAACAUUGAAUGAAAUGCAAAAACAUGCUGAUCUUUUUACGGAUAUGCGUAUUUUAGACACAAAAAGAGCAUUAUAUUAUGAAAUAUAA